AGAGAACUCAGUACCCAGCUGCCACUGGACUUUGAUGAAGUUUAAAAAUGGGAAAGUUUUUUGAGCCCUAAUCUUUGAAAAUUUACAGUCUAGAACAAGGAAUUUUACUUCCAGGGAGAAUGAUGUUGAACUACUGAGGUGGUAAGAAUAGCAUUCCCCUGAAGAUGGAUGUUCUCCAAAGGCCUACGGAAUUAGUCAAUAUAUGUAUCACGUCUCACCAGUUCCGAAAUAUGUUUUACAAGAUCUGUGCUUUUUCAGUGUGUGAAUGCAAAUAUGUUCCCAGUCACUGAUGCAAUGGGUGUUCAGGGUAUGAAAGCUGCUAAAAUCAGAGCAUCUCUUCCCAGCCUGAACAGAUAUUAACCUGCUCCAGUUUUACUGUCAGCUCUGAUUCAGUGGCUUGCAGUGAUUUAAUGUUGGGCUAGAUUAGAAGGUUUGUGUUUAUGUAAUUAAGAAAUUCCCCUUUUGGAAGGGACAUAUGCUUCAGGUUGCUUCCUGUGAAUUUUUUUUUUUCCUGAGCAGCCAAAUUAUUUUUGGAUGGUUUCUCUCACUGCAACCCUCAGCUCCCCAGCACUGCCAUGCUUCUCUGAGUCAAACCCCAGUUAUGUUUCUGCAGCAAGAAAUAGCCUCCUGUUCUUGUGUAACGGUGUUCCCCCCUUGCAGCAAGUGUUUCAUUAGGAGGCAGCAUCUGCGUUUGAAGUGUGGGAAGAAGGUGUGUUUGACGCUUUGUAGUGAGUAAGCAGGCUCCAGCAGAAGCUAAUGUUUUUGCAGCCUUAUUUUGGAUUUUAUCAGCAACUAUGAAGCAAAACCCGAUAGUUUAUUCAGAGGCCUCCUUGUCUUGUUUGAAGACGUUUCUCACCAGCGUCACAGGGAGCUCUGGGAACUCUUUCCUUUCUCCGAACUGUGGACAUGGGUGGCAAACAGUCCACAAGUGGCGACGUCUCCGUAAUCCAGACCCCUGUGACAGAAAGCAUCCAGGAUGCUUACAAAGCUGGGGACACCAGCAAGGCCCAAGAGUUGAUUAGGUUGUCCUGUGAGGAGACUGCACUGCAAGUGGAAAAGUGUCAGCUUUUAGGCAUUGCAGCAGCAUAUGGAGAUCUGCAGGCAGUGAGGUACCUGCUGAAGGAAGCGUUGGUGGUGUUACCAACAGAGCCCAAUGAUGACAAUGCAGCUGUGGUGGCUGCGUAUUUUGGGCACAAGGACAUCGUGAAAGAGCUGCUGGAUUCCCUGCGUGGUCCUAAUACUUGCCAGCAGCUCCUGAACUGGAUGCUGGCCAUAGCCUGCCAGCAGGGCCAUUUGGACAUUGUCAAGCUCCUGAUCCGUGCGUACAGUGCUGACCCAGAGAGCUGUGCAGUCCGGAAGAAUGAAUUCCCUGUCCUCAUCCGCCUGCCCCUCUACGCUGCUAUAAAGGCAGGGAAUGAAGACAUAGCCGUGUUUUUAUUGCGGAAUGGAGCUUUCUUUUGUUCCUACAUCCUGAUGGACAGUCCUGAAUCCAGCAAACACCUUCUGAGGAAGUAUUUCAUUGAGACAACCCCACUACCAGGUAGUGCUCCAGCAAAAACAGCUUUGUGUGUGAACUGGUCAAACCUCAAACUGCCCUGGGUAGAUCUAGACUGGCUGAUUGAUAUCUCCUGUCAGAUAACUGAGCUUGAUCUCUCUGCCAACUGCCUGGUGUCCCUUCCAUCUGUGAUCCCAUGGGGCCUGAUAAACCUCCGGAAGCUCAGCCUGGCUGACAAUCAGCUGACGGAGUUACCCAGUGUGCAGUCCUCUGAUGAGAUCAUUUGUACAAGGUUACUUGAGGUCGACGUAUCCAGCAACAGGCUCUCCACUCUCCCUACUGGAUUCCUACAUCUUAAAAGCCUUAAAAAGCUCAUCGCUUCCAAAAACUAUAUGGAGAAGUUAUUUGAUGAGGAAAACACAACUAAUUGGAUUGGUUUAAGGAAGCUGCAGGAGUUUGACGUCUCUGACAACAGGUUGGUGGAACUUCCAACGGUUUUUCUAUACUGCUUCAAGUCCCUAAACAUACUGAAUGUUUCCAGAAAUCAGCUGAAAGUGUUUCCAGAUCCCUGGGCCUGCCCCCUGAAAUGUUGUAAGGCAUCUAGAAAUGCCCUGGAAUUCCUACCUGAUGCAUUGACUGUUUUCUGGAAAAAUCACCUGAGAGAAGUGGAUUUUUCUGAGAACUUACUAAAAGAAGUUCCAGCAGGACUCUUCCAGCUUGAAGCUUUGGUGUCCCUGAAGCUGCUGGGAAAUCAGUUAGUUACAUUGCCUUCGCAGGAUAAGUGGAAUUGCAAACAACUUAAGUCACUGGAUCUUUCAAAAAACCAGCUUGGGAAGAGCGAUGAGGGAUUUAAAACGAAGCGGAUCCCCUUUUUCACCACCAAGAACAGAGUGCGGGGUGGCCCAGAGGCAGGUCCUUUUUUGGAGUUUCCAGCAUUUCUGAGUGAUUCUCUGGAGGUUCUUUAUCUGAAUGACAAUCAGCUGGACUCUGUCCCGCAGUCCGUUUGCCUCCUGAAAAGUUUAACAGAGCUUUAUUUAGGAAAUAACCCUGGUAUCCGAGAGCUUCCUCCAGAACUUGGACAGCUGGCUAAUCUCUGGCAGCUGGAUAUCGAGGAACUAAAUAUCAGUAAUGUUCCUGCAGAGAUCAGAAAAGAGGGCCCCAAGACAGUGCUGGCGUAUUUACGAGCGCAGCUGCGGCGGGCAGAGAAGUGCAAGCUGAUGAAGAUGAUCAUCAUCGGCCCUCCCCGGCAGGGCAAGUCCACACUGGUGGAGAUCCUGCAGACAGGGAAGGUGCCCCAGAUGAUGCACAGUGAUGCUACCAUCCGGACAACAAAAUGGGAGCUCCCCAAGCCUGUGGGGCACAAGGCAAAGGUUGAUUCAGUGGAGUUCAAUGUCUGGGAUAUCGGAGGCCCAGCAAGCAUGUCUACAGUCAAUCAGUGUUUCUUCACAGACAAAGCAUUGUACAUAGUGGUCUGGAACUUGGCACUGGGGGAAGAAGCUGUGGCAAACUUACAGUUCUGGUUGCUGAACAUUGAGGCCAAGGCUCCGAACUCAGUGGUGUUGGUGGUAGGAACACACCUUGAUUUGAUUGAAACAAAAUUCCGUGUGGAGAGGAUAGCAACUCUGAGGGCAUAUGUCCUGGCUCUGUGUCGGUCUCCCUCUGGAUCCAGAGCAACUGGCUUCCCAGAUAUCACCUUCAAGCACCUGCAUGAGCUCUCAUGUAAGACUCUGGAAGGCCUUGAGGGACUGCGGCAGCUGAUUUUUCAUGUCACUUGCAACAUGAAGGAUGUCGGCAGCUCAAUUUGCUCCCAGAAACUUGCAGGGAGAUUGAUACCAAGGAGUUACCUUAGCCUUCAAGAAGCUGUCCUUGCAGAACAGCAUAAAAGAAGUCAAAAUGAUGAUGUACAGUAUUUAACAGACAGACAAAUAGAACUGAUGAUCGAGCAAACGCCUGGAAAUGACAUCAAAGACUAUGAGGACUUGCAAACUGCCAUUAAUUUUCUCAUAGAAACAGGGACACUACUGCACUUCCCAGACACGAGCCACGGCCUGAGGAACCUCUACUUCCUUGACCCCGUCUGGCUCUCAGAGUGUCUACAGAGGAUUUUCAACAUCAAGAGCUCCAAGUCUGUAGCUAAGAAUGGAGUCAUCAGAGCAGAGGACCUCAGGAUGCUGCUGGUUGGAACGGGCUUCACCGAGCAGACCGAAGAGCAGUACUUCCAGUUCUUGGCCAAGUUUGAGAUCGCCCUGCCUGUGGCCAAUAACAGCUACCUCCUUCCUCAUCUGCUUCCUACCAAGCCGGCGUUAGAUAUCCACGGGCUCUGCCACCAGACCACAAACACAGUCCAGAGGGUCUUCAAGAUGAGUUUUGUCCCCGUUGGCUUUUGGCAAAGGUUCAUAGCCCGGAUGUUAAUUAGCCUGGCAGAGAUGGACCUCCAGCUUUUUGAAAACAAGAAGAACACCAAGACAAGAAACAAAAAGGUGACCAUCUACAGCUUCACAGGCACCCAAAGGAACCGCUGCAGCACAUUCCGAGUCAAAAGGACUCACACUGUUUACUGGCAGGAAGGUCUGUUCGUUACCUUUGAUGGAGGCUAUCUUAGUGUCGAGUCUUCUGAUGUGAACUGGAAAAAGAAAAAAAGUGGUGGAAUUAAAAUAAUUUCCCAGUCAGAAGUGAGAGACUUUUCAGCCAUGGCAUUCAUCACGGAUCAUGUCAACUCUUUGAUAGACCAGUGGUUCCCUGCCCUCACAGCCAUGGAGAGCGAUGGCACGUUGCUGAUGGAGCAGUAUGUGCCCUGCCACAUCUGUGCAGCUGCCAGGCCGGAGCAGGGCGAGGGCAGCGAAAGGGCAGAGGACGUGCAGUACUUCAACAUGGAGGAUUGUGUCUUGACUGCCAUUGAACUGGACUACAUCACAUGUCCUAACCACCCUGACAUCCCCGUGUCUCUUCAAGAGCUGGUCCCGGAGCUUUUCAUGACUGAUUUUCCUGCCAGACUGUUCCUGGAAAAUAGCAAACUGGAAUGCAGUGAAAAUGAAAACAACGUUCUUGGCCAGGGUGGAAGUGGAACUGUUAUAUAUCGGGCACGAUACCAAGGAAAACCAGUGGCUGUGAAGAGAUUUCAGAUUAAAAAAUGCAAGGGUUCUCCCACUUCAGCUGCAGAUACCAUGCUGAAGCACCUGCGAGCCAUGGAUGCCAUGAAGAACUUCUCGGAGUUCCGGCAGGAAGCCAGCAUGCUGCACUCCCUGCAGCACCCCUGCAUCGUGUCCCUCAUCGGCAUCAGCAUCCACCCGCUCUGCUUCGCCCUCGAGCUGGCCCCCCUGGGCAGCCUCACCACCGUCUUGUCUGAGAACUCCAAAGGGUCCUCCUUUGUGCCGCUGGGACACAUGCUGACGCACAAAAUAGCCUACCAGAUCGUCACAGGCCUGGCCUACCUGCACAAGAAGAACAUAAUCUUCUGUGACCUCAAGUCAGACAAUAUUUUGGUGUGGUCCCUGGACGUCAGAGAGCACAUCAACAUCAAGCUCUCCGACUACGGCAUCUCCCGGCAGUCGUUCCACGAGGGCGCGCUGGGCGUGGAGGGCACGCCGGGGUACCAGGCCCCCGAGAUCCGGCCCCGCAUCGUCUACGACGAGAAGGUGGACAUGUUCUCCUAUGGGAUGGUCCUGUAUGAGCUGCUGUCUGGCCAGCGGCCUGUGCUGGGACACCACCAGCUCCAGAUCGCAAAGAAACUGUCCAAAGGGAUCCGUCCUGUCCUUGGGCAGCCCGAGGAGGUGCAGCUCUACAGGAUGCAGGCACUCAUGAUGGAGUGUUGGGACACUAAGCCAGAAAAGCGUCCCCUGGCCAUUUCUGUGGUCGGGCAGAUGAAAGAUCCUACCUUUGCAACGUUUAUGUACCUGCUGCCGUGUGGGAAGCAGUCUUCCUUCUUCUGCUCCUCAGGGCAGGAGUACACGGUGGUGUUUUGGGAUGGGAAGGAGGACACCAGGAACUACACGGUGGUGAACCUGGAGAAAGGAGUCAUGGAAGUGCAGAGGAUGAGCUGCCCAGGAAUGAAGCUGUGCUGCCAACUCAAAUUUCAGAAUGCCCUGUGGACAGCCACGGAGGACCAGAAGAUUUCUGUGUAUGGAUUGCAGGGCAUGUGUCCCUUAAAGACUCCACUGAAGGGUUUAGACACUCCUGCCACUGUGAGCUGCUUCCUAGUGAUGCCUCUUGUCAAAAGGAACUCAUAUGUGGUGCUGGCCGGCUUGUCAGACGGACUUGUAGCCAUGUUUUCAGUGUCCCAGGGCCUGCCAGGGGACAACUGCUCCUACCUGUGCUCCCACACAGCAAACCGGUCCAAAUUCAACAUCUCCGAUGAUGACCCGCGGCAGAACCCGUACCCGGUGAGAGCCAUGGAGGUCACCAACAGCGGGGCCGAGGUGUGGUACAGCAAUGGCCCCGGCAUCCUCAUCAUCGACUGCGCCUCCAUGGAGAUCAGCAGGAGGCUGGAGCCCUUCAGCCCGCCCUCCAUCAUCACAUCCAUCGCCUGCAACUCCGAGUGCCACGGGGAGGAGGUGGUGUGGUGUCUGGACGAUAAAAGCAACUUUCUGGUGAUGUACCACGCCACCACCUACCAGCUCUGUGCACGCUACUUCUGCGGGGACUGCAGCCCCCUUAGAGACAUGUUUACAAUCCAGCAGCCCUCAGCUGCUAUCCCAGCCACAGCCCCCAUCAGCCACAGGGUGAUGGAGAACAACCCACAGGGGGACAUGAGCAUCAUGUACAGCCCGGACGUGGGCACCCAGAUCCUGAACCAUCAGGACUCACUCACAGAUUACUGCUCUGUGUCUUCCUACUCCUCCUCACCUCCCAACAGGGUGACCCGCUGCCCCUCCAGCCUGCCCAGCUCACCCACGAGCUCUUCCAGUGUGCCCUUCUCCACAGAUUUUGAGGAGUCAGAGAAAUUCCACGAGCUUAAGGCUUCCCUGGAUCAUGAUGCUUUGCCUGCAGGUGACAACACAGAGCAUCUCCAAGCAGUCAAGAUUCUUCCCGUAAAAGACCUCAUCUGGAUCCCCAGGAGAGGAGGGGACAUCAUCAUCAUUGGGCUGGAGAAGGAAUCAGGCACCCAGCGGGGCAGAGUGAUCGCGGUGCUGAAGGCGGGGGAGCUGGCUCCCUACGGGACGCUGGUGGAUGCAGCUCUCAUAGCAAAGGACACGGUUGUGUGCUGCUUUGAGAAUGAAAACAUGGAGCGGUGCCUGGCUGUCUGGAGGGGCUGGAGUGCCAGAGACUUUGACAUUUUCUACCAGGCCUACGAAGAGCUGGGAAGGCUCGAGACCUGCAUGCGCAAGAGAAGGUAGUGCCUGUGGUGCUGGGAUCCGAGACUCAACGGGAGAUGGGAGCAUCCUGGACUCGGAGACACGGCCCGGAACAGGGGUGAUGGGGGGAGUGUGUGUCUGGUUUGCUGCUAGUGAGCACUGUGGGGUUCCCAGAUCCCCAUCAGGGCUUUUGGGGAAUAAAGAAGCCAGUGUGAGCAGGACCAGGACAAGCCUGGGAGCUGGGCCAGCUCUCGGCUCCCCUGCUCCAUCACACGCUCCCCUGCACUAGUUGGGAGCAGAGGCAGAGGUGGCUGCAGUUUUGCUCAUUCUUCGAUUUCCAGUUUGUUCUUCCCUGUUUUAAAUUCCUUCCUCACCUUCAGCAUGCCCUGGCUGCUGCUGCUGCUUUUGUUGUGUGUUUUUCAGCCAGGAGAGCUCCGAUAGCUCCACAAGCUCUUCUCUGGGAGCCUGAGCACGUUACCAUCCCGGCUGCCUGCUGGCCGGCAGUGUGGGAACUGUGGGCUGAUUCACCCUGUUCCCAGGGAAAAUGCAUCUGCUGGAAGCCCUGCACUGUGGGGCUGCUUCCCACCUCCCUGCAACUCCAUUAGAGGCUACUUCAGGUGUAGUCCCCAUGCAGAGAUACCCUGGUGUAGGAAUCAGCUAGAAGCUGUGGCUGGCCACUGCAUUCCUGGUUCCUAAAAGCUGUAGUGGUGCAGUGUUCCUGUGAGGAAGCCCAAAACAACCUGCCAGGAAUGCUGCACCAGUGAGCUGGUUCAUGGCACUGCUGCCUUGUCAAUGGAGCUGAUGGAAAGCAAAGCCACUGGGUGUGACAGACAUUCCUGGUGGAAGAGGAGGGAGCCCUGUGGCCAGGAAGGUUUAUAAGCUGUCUCUGCUCCACUUCCCUUUCUCUUGGGAAGUGCACUCUGGAGCAGCAGGAACACAAUAAGCUCAGUUUGCCUGUGUAUCUGUGUAGCUUCCACCCACCACAGCUUGUAUUUUAUCUUCAUUAGUGGCCUGGGAUGCUGUAUUGGCUCUGAAUCCAAUUGCACUUAAUUAUCCCAAGCAUGUACAGCAGUGUAAAAAGUGCCCCCAGCUAUGCACCCUGUAUAAAAGUGUACAGUUUGAAUUUUGGACCUUUCUUUUUCUUUUUUUUAUCCCAAGAAACUUGUGUGAGCAUCGGCAAGGCUGGCCAAGGCCGAAUGGGCAGGUUAACCCUCUGGUUCACAUUUCUGUGGCAGGCUGCUAAAAUAUCCUUCUUCAGAAAUAGAAUGUAUCUUAAAAUAAACAGAUUCCUCCCCAGGA